AUGAGUUUCUGGAUUUUUGCCCUUCUGAUUGGCCAGGUAUUCGGCUACUGCCCUUCCGACUCGCUGCUCAUCACCGACCUCGGCAGUUGCUUUUUCUUUGCAAAUUUUCCUGCCAAGGGUGACGACGCGGAGCAGUUCUGCCACUUUUAUGAUGGCCAUUUGGUGAAUGUAGAAAAUGCAUUCGAGAAUUCAAUCGUGGCCAGUUAUGCGUUGAAAGAGCUCGGAAACGUGCAAAUUCUACUUGGCCUUCAGCACAAUACCACCAACGACUUGUGGCUUUGGCGCGAUGGGACGAAUGCUACGUAUUUUCAUUGGGCCGCAGGUCAACCCGCUUCUGGCGGAUGUGUGGCUCUGAAUAUCGAGGAGCGCGCGUGGAGGACGAUCGACUGCGCCACCCCGCUCCCUUUUGUGUGCAGAUUUGCUGAGCUGCAGACAACCACGCCACAUACGACGACUCCGGAUCCAGAUGCGGUUUGCGAGGACGGCUGGAAAUAUUUCGCGAAGACUGAUAUGUGCUAUCUUCACGGCCGAGAGAUGUCCUACUACGAGGCCGAGGACUUUUGCCAGGAACACCGGGGACAUCUCGCAUCGAUUCACAGUCAGGAGGAGAACGACUUUGUAAGAGAACUCGCCUACAACACGACCUGCGAACGUAACGGAAACAUGUGGCUCUACGGGGUGACGGUGCUUGGCGGGCAGGUCAACGAGACAAGCAACGAAACAAUGUGGUGGACGGACGGGUCGGCUCCGGACUUUACGGCUCGGCUCUGCAGUUCGGGCAGCGGAUCUGAAGGGAAUUAUAUCUUGAUGCAAGCCUACCCGCCGGAAUGCUUCGAAAAAUGCGCCGAUGGUGCUUGGGUCGUGACCCCAUUCGAGAGCACUGACGGGAACAAGUGGCCCGACCUCCUGGCUUUAUGCCAAGUAGCCCGCGGCCAAUAUUGUCCCCCAGGCUCCGACUAUGUUGAUGGGCUCGACGAGUGCGUGCUGUUCGAUGAUGUUGCAAUCGGCUGGGACGGCGCGGAACACAUUUGCAACGAGUACCACGGUCACUUGGUGUCGCUAAAAAGUGCCUUUGAAAUCUCGGUCGUGUCCAGCUAUGCGAUGCGAGACCUAAAGGGGGGCCAGGCGUACAUCGGACUCUUCCGGAACGCCACGAAUAAGGAUUGGACGUGGGCCGACACUUAUUCAGUCAACUACUUCAAGUGGGCAUCGGGCCAACCCGGCACCGCGAAUUGCGUGGUGCUCGACGUGGCCGAGAUGGCGUGGCGUACGGUGGAUUGCAGCGUCGCGUAUCCGUUUAUCUGCACUUUUUCAAAAUACGCUAUUACGACACCGUGGACGACUACUGGCAAGGAUAUGAGCACCUGUCCCACCGGCUGGCACCUGAAUAACGACACGAAGAUGUGCUACGGUGUCGGCUACGAUAAGACGUACAACGACGCGGAGGAAUUCUGCAACUCUUUCAAUGGCCAUUUGGCCUCGGUGCAUAGCGAUGCCGAGAAUGACUUCAUCAAAGACCUGACUUACGAUGACUCCUGUGAACGGUCGGAAAACAACUAUUUUCGCGGGACGACGAUUCUGGGCGGACAAAUCGAUGUGAAAACGAAUAAAGUGGAGUGGUGGGCCGACAACUCGACUACAGACUACACCAAAGAACUGUGCGGGCCGGCGGGCAGCGGCCCGAAUGGGAACACGAUUUUGAUGUCCAGCUACCCGGAGACGUGCUACUUCUGUGCCAAUGGAAAAUGGUCGACCAAUCCGUUCGAGCGAGACCAAGAGGUGUUCCCGACGUUCGUCUGCAAGACCGCCGCCAAUUUG